AUGGCCUCUAUCAUUCCCGAUACUGUGAAGAAAGCACAGCAGAUCAUCAUGGGUUCCCAAGGCGACAAGCUCGCCGACCUUCAGGCCAGCACCAAGGAGCCGACCAAGGACACACGCAUCACAUCCGACUAUGGCGUCAAGCAGGAGAAUACUGAUCACUGGCUGAGCAUCACCAACGAGGACCACACCGGUCCGUCGCUGCUGGAGGACCCGUUCGGUCGGGAGAAGAUUCACCGCUUUGACCAUGAGCGAAUCCCCGAGCGUGUCGUCCAUGCCCGAGGAGCAGGUGCCUUCGGUCGCUUCACGCUAUUUGAGAGCGCCGAGGACGUCACCUUUGCCCCCGUUCUCACCGAUACGUCCCGCGAAACUCCCAUCUUCGUCCGCUUCUCGACCGUCCUCGGCAGCCGUGGUAGCGCUGAUACUGUAAGAGAUGUCCGCGGGUUUGCUGUCAAGUUCUACACGCAAGAAGGCAAUUGGGAUAUUGUGGGCAACAACAUUCCAAUCUUCUUCAUCCAGGAUGCUAUGAAGUUUCCAGAUCUCAUCCAUGCCGGAAAGCCAGAGCCGAACAACGAGGUCCCCCAGGCACAGACUGCACACAACAACUUCUGGGACUUCGUAUUCAAUCAUUCCGAGGCUACACAUAUGUACAUGUGGGCCAUGUCGGACCGUGGCAUUCCUCGCUCAUACCGCAUGAUUCAGGGGUUCGGCGUCAACACCUUUACCCUAGUCAAUGCAAAGGGAGAACGCUCCUUUGUCAAGUUUGUCUGGACUCCUGUGCUAGGAGUUCAUUCGCUCGUCUGGGACGAGGCUCUGAAGCUUGCUGGGCAGGACCCAGACUUCCACCGAAAGGAUCUUGGCGAGGCAAUUGACAAUGGUGCAUUCCCGAAAUGGAAAUUUGGCAUCCAAGUUAUCCCUGAGGCCCGGGAGCAUGAUUUCGACUUCGACAUUCUCGACGCUACCAAGGUGUGGCCCGAGGACCUUGUACCUACUCGGUACAUCGGUGAGCUAGAGCUCAACAGGAACGUCGACGAGUACUUCACACAGACUGAGCAGGUCGCGUUCUGCACUAGCCAUGUCGUUCCUGGCAUUGGGUUCUCCGAUGACCCUCUGCUGCAGGGCCGAAACUUCUCCUAUCACGACACCCAGCUGUCACGACUUGGAACGAACUGGCAGGAGCUGCCCAUCAACAGACCUGUGUGCCCUGUCAUGAACUUCAACCGCGACGGCGCUAUGCGACACACAAUUCACAAGGGAACAGUCAACUACUGGCCCAACCGCUACUCCGUGAACCCGCCCGCUACUCGUGAAGAGGGUGCAUAUCUUGACUACGCGCAGAAGAUUGCUGGCAUCAAGCAACGCACCAAGAGCAAGAAGUUCAAGGAGCAUUUCGCACAGGCACAGCUUUUCUUCAACAGCUUGUCACCUAUCGAGCAAAAGCAUGUCGCCGAUGCAUUGAGCUUCGAGCUCGACCACUGCGAGGACCCUGUUGUCUACGAGCGAAUGACACAGCGCUUGACGGAUAUUGACCUGGGUCUAGCACAGACUGUCGCAGAUAUGGUUGGCGGUGAGGCUCCACAGAAGGCUAGUCGACAAAAUGCCGGCCAAAAGGCCAAGGCCCUAUCACAAUUUGACUUCCCACCCGAAAAGCCCAGUAUCAUCUCUCGCCGUGUUGCCAUUAUCAUUGCCGAUGGAUAUGACCCUGUCUCCUUCGGUGCAGUAAAGACCGCGCUCGCGGCUGCCCAAGCUACUCCUAUUGUUAUUGGACCCAAACGUAAUGAGAUCUUUGCUGCAGGCCAGUCGUCGCAAAAGGGCAAGGGCGUCAUUCCUGAUCAUCACCUUGAGGGCUUCCGGUCCACAAUGGUUGAUGCGAUAUUUGUUCCUGGCGGGAAGCAGUCGAUUGACACAUUGUCCAAGAAUGGUCGUGCGCUACACUGGAUUCGAGAAGCAUUCGGUCAUCUCAAGGCCAUCGGUGGUACAGGCGAGGCUGUACAGCUAUUGAACACGGCUUUUGCUCUACCUGCUGUACAAAUCUCCAGUGGAUCCAAUGCCGUUGAGAGUUAUGGUGUUGUCACACUGCAAAGCGUCUCCCCUUCAAGCUUUGGCGAGGCCAUCAGCAUUGCCAAAGGCGCAACAGGCUUCUUGGAGCAGUUCUUCUUCUCCAUUGCUCAGCAUAGGAAUUGGGAUCGCGAGUUGGACGGUUUGAGCACUAUGGUAGCCUACUAA